AUGGUGGCAGAAAUUAAAAGAAUGAUCAAGCUCGUCACAGAGCAGCGCAACAUAGAUAAACCAGCGCUUCAAGAAGGGUUUCCAAUGAAAUCAUGGAACAUCGAAAUCUUUAUGUUAGAUGAAAGUGGAAACGAGAGGCCUGCGACCUGCUUUACAAAGGCAGUUUACAAUCUACAUCCUACCUUUCCAAAUCCAACCCAAACUUUUACUGAGGCUCCUUUCCGCUGUGAGAAUGAGGGAUGGGGAGAAUUUGACAUGACGAUCGAUUUAUUCACUACUCCAACGGGAGGCAAGCAUAGCAUUGCACACGAUCUCAACUUUGCCAAGAGCCGCUAUGAAGCUAAACAUCCAAUUACAUUCAAAAACCCAAGUCGAGAGCUGAUUAAUUCAUUGAGAGAGACCGGGCCAGUUCCAGGAGACGAAAAUGGAGCCAUUAGAAAGAAGGACGCCGAUGGAAAGAAGAGGAAGAGGACUGGCCAGGUAGAUAUGGAGAAGUUGGCAGAAGGAUUGGUCAAAUUGCAGGAGGAUGACCUCUUGCAUGUGGUGCAAAUGAUUCAUGAUAAUAAGAGCGAGGAAACAUAUACGAAGAAUGAUGUUGAGAUGGGAGAGUUCCAUGUCGAUUUGUAUACAUUACCAGACUCAUUAGUGAAGAUGCUUUGGGAUUUCGUCCAGACCACGCAAGGAAAAGGUUACUAG